CGCACGUUCCCACGCACGCUCCGGCGUACGGCGCGGCCAGGGGUCGCGAGCCGGUGGAAGACCCACGAACGGAGGAGCCGGGGAGUCAGCACUUCUUCCCUCCCUCCCCCCACUCCCCUCCCCGCUCCCUCCCCCCUCCCCAAGAAUGUUCCGCUACGAGUCUUUGGAGGAUUGUCCUCUAGAUGAAGAUGAAGAUGCAUUUCAGGGCCUGGGAGAGGAAGAUGAAGAGAUUGAUCAAUUCAAUGAUGAUACAUUUGGGUCAGGUGCAGUUGAUGAUGAUUGGCAGGAAGCACAUGAGCGCCUGGCUGAACUAGAAGAGAAGCUACCAGUGGCAGUUAAUGAACAAACAGGCAAUGGAGAAAGGGAUGAGAUGGACUUGUUGGGUGACCAUGAGGAGAAUCUGGCAGAAAGACUCAGUAAGAUGGUGAUUGAAAAUGAACUAGAAGAUCCAGCUAUCAUGAGGGCAGUGCAAACCAGACCAGUUUUGCAACCCCAACCAGGAAGUCUGAAUUCUAGCAUCUGGGAUGGAUCUGAGGUUCUGAGGCGAAUCCGAGGACCACUGCUUGCUCAGGAAAUGCCUACAAUGUCUGUGUUAGAAUAUGCCUUGCCUCAGAGGCCCGCACAGGGCCCAGAAGAUGAUCGGGACCUUUCUGAACGUGCAUUACCAAGACGGUCAACUUCACCUAUCAUUGGGAGUCCUCCUGUUAGAGCUGUCCCCAUAGGCACCCCACCUAAGCAGAUGGCUGUACCCAGCUUCAACCAACAGAUUUUGUGUCCGAAGCCUGUCCAUGUUCGGCCCCCAAUGCCACCGCGUUAUCCUGCUCCCUAUGGUGAGAGGAUGUCCCCAAACCAGAUCUGCAGUGUCCCGAACUCUUCCCUCCUGGGUCACCCUUUCCCUCCUAGUGUUCCUCCUGUUCUCAGCCCCCUCCAGAGAGCACAGCUUCUUGGAGGAGCACAGCUACAGCCUGGACGGAUGUCUCCCAGCCAGUUCGCACGGGUCCCUGGAUUUGUUGGUAGUCCACUUGCUGCCAUGAAUCCCAAGUUGCUACAAGGGCGAGUUGGGCAGAUGCUUCCCCCAGCACCAGGCUUCCGUGCCUUCUUUAGUGCUCCACCCUCCGCCACACCACCUCCGCAGCAGCACCCUCCUGGCCCAGGACCUCACCUGCAAAACCUAAGAUCUCAGGCUCCAAUGUUUAGACCAGAUACAACUCACCUGCAUCCACAGCACCGUCGACUCUUGCAUCAGAGACAGCAACAGAAUAGAAAUCAGCAUCGGAAUCUCAAUGGUGCAGGAGAUAGAGGAAGUCACCGGAGCAGUCACCAGGAUCAUCUCCGAAAGGAUCCAUAUGCCAAUCUCAUGUUGCAGCGUGAAAAGGACUGGGUCUCUAAAAUCCAGAUGAUGCAACUGCAAAGCACUGAUCCCUACCUGGAUGAUUUUUAUUACCAGAAUUACUUUGAAAAACUGGAGAAAUUGUCAGCUGCUGAAGAAAUGCAAGGUGACGGCCCUAAAAAGGAGCGCACUAAGCUCAUCACCCCUCAGGUGGCCAAACUGGAGCAUGCCUAUAAGCCAGUGCAGUUUGAGGGCUCUUUGGGAAAGCUCACUGUCUCUAGUGUGAAUAAUCCCCGAAAAAUGAUUGAUGCUGUUGUGACAUCUCGGAGUGAGGAUGAUGAGACAAAAGAAAAACAGGUUCGAGACAAGAGAAGAAAAACCCUUGUCAUAAUUGAGAAAACAUUUAGUUUACUCCUUGAUGUAGAGGAUUAUGAAAGGCGUUAUCUCCUAAGUCUAGAAGAAGAGCGACCUGCCUUGGUGGAGGAGAGAAAGCACAAAAUUUGUAGCAUGUAUGACAACUUAAGGGGGAAAUUUCCUGGACAAGAGAGGCCAAGUGAUGACCACUUUGUACAGAUCAUGUGUAUCCGAAAAGGGAAGAGAAUGGUAGCCCGUAUUCUUCCUUUCCUCUCCACAGAGCAAGCAGCUGACAUUCUCAUGACAACAGCCAGGAACCUCCCUUUCCUUAUCAAGAAGGAUGCACAAGAUGAGGUGCUGCCAUGCUUACUGAGUCCCUUCUCUCUUCUCCUCUAUCAUCUUCCAUCAGUGACUGUCACCAGCCUUCUGCAACAGCUAAUGAACCUACCUCAAAGUGCAGCUGCACCAGCACCCUCCAGUCCUCACCUCACUGCUGUGCUCCAGAACAAGUUUGGCCUGUCACUGCUCCUCAUCCUCCUGAGCCGUGGAGAAGACCUACAGAGUUCAGACUCUGCCACAGAAUCAAUGCAAAAUAAUCAGUGGACAGAGGUGAUGUUCAUGGCAACCCGAGAACUUCUACGGAUUCCCCAAGCAGCCCUGGCCAAGCCAAUCUCUAUACCCACAAACCUAGUAUCCCUCUUUUCUCGCUAUGUUGACCGGCAGAAACUGAACUUGCUGGAGACAAAACUGCAGCUAGUUCAGGGGAUACGAUAAAAGAUCUCCAAAUGUGUCCUGUACCUCCUUUUGGCUGCCACCUGCACUGCUGCCAUCACCAAUGGAGUGUUUUUAAUGAGGGAGGGAAGGUAGCUUAUUCCCCAAAGCAAAGUCUGAUGGGAUCGAUUCCUGUUUCGGGGUUGUCUCUAAAUGCCAGAUAUUUUCCCCACCGCUCUGUGAAAUUUGGCUGGGUGAUACUUCUGCUGGUUUGUUCUUUACAUUCUAUGUUAAAAUUCUGCAUGUCCUACUUUUAGUCAAUUUUGCAUUUUCUUUGCCCUAGAGACACAAAUAUAAUCUCUCCCUCUAUCCCACCACCAUUAUUCCAGUUCAAAGUAGAUUAUAGCCUGCCAAAGUAUUCCUUCCCUCAUCCUAUUGAAGUCUUUUUUUUCAUUGCCCCACAUUAAUAUGACUAGGAGAGCCAAUUAAAUAGAAAUCAAGAUAUAGAAACAUAUACACACUCAAACCCUAUGCAUACAUUUAUGUGGCCUUCAGAGGGUCCUUAAAGAAUGAGUUUUAGAUUGAAAACUAUUUAGUUGACUUAUACCUCCUCUAAACACAAACCAGAUGAUGUGUUUUUAAUUGGUUUCUAUUCCAUUUUGUAAUUAUUGAGUUCUACUUGUUUUAAAUAUAAAUACAGGGUAUCCAGCACAUUUAAUGAAAUCAGAACUCUUAAUUGGCUGGUGCCCAGCUCUACACUAAGUCCUUUUUCUCCUUCCCACCUGUAUUUCCUUUGUUUCUGUCCACCUUAGCGGAAACAGCACACAGAUACACCUUUUCCUACUAUAACUACAGUGUACUUGAACCUGUCCCGUCAAGUGCAUUCAAGAUCACCCAGAAUGAUCCUCACUCACAGCCUGCUUUGGGCAGUGUUGCCUUUUGCACACUCGCCCUGUCUUCCUGAGACUUCUUCAGUAAGCCAUGCUGUACUUCUCUCUUCCCCAUUUUUAUUUGGUGUCAUGGGUAGAAACCUCCAAAUGUAACUGUGGAUGCUCAGUUCGGCCUCCUUCAGAGUCUCUGCACCAGGGCAAAACUGCUGUCCUUGCUGUUUCAUCUCACCAGGUCCCGUUCCCAGGCAGCCUGGGGCCUGGGUUUGAAUACUAGCGGGCACAGCCUGCCAUGAUUUUUUUCCACUCACCCCUGUCCUAUUCAGCAAUCAUCCAAGAUAAGGGGUUUUAAUUCCUAGAGAUUACAGCCCUGAAGAAAAUUAAAUCUGAUUAAUUUGACAUGACCGUCCUUAUCUCCUUUCUGCUGUCCUUACCUUUUUGAAUGUAGUGGGGGGGGGGACAGGUUAUGAUAUUUAACAAGAAUAAAAUUUUGCACAUACAUGUACAACAGAAAGAUUCUCUGUUCUGACCAGCUGUCUUUGUUCACGGUCUCCAUUUCUUCCCAUCCUGUAAGUCCCAGGCUCCACCAGCUGUUUCCCAAUGACAUUAUCUAGCUUCCCUCUACCAUUAUCUACUGACGGUUCCACUGCGCGCCUUUCCUACCUUCCCUUCACAAGUGAUCAAGUGGAUACUUGAUUAUUAUUUCUUCCUUACUGUGCAUUAUCUUUUUUGUUUGGUUCUAAUUAAUAAAAAUAAAAGUUUCUAAAUUUACAUUUUUAUAGGGUAUUGUAAAUAAAAACAAAUUGUAUACUU